AUGAAUCCUUCCAAGAAUCUGUUGGGGUUUCUUUUUCUCGCAAUCUUGGAUUUGACAAGUGGAGAAGAUGAAGGAUGUGCUCAAUUGAGGAUUGGGGAUCAAUCUUUUGGCGGGACAGUAAAAUACUCUCCAAUGAACUGGUUUGAGACACCAGCAGUUGUUAAAUUUGAAGCAGCGUGUUCGGGCGAAGAAGCACUUGGGCUAGAGAGCGGUCUCAUUACUGAUCAACAGAUUACUGCUUCAUCCUCCUGGGAUACGGCACACGGAAAACAGAACGCCCGACUAAACCGCCAAGCCGCCCGAGGUAAAACAAGUGCCUGGUCAGCGGGAAGCAAUGAUCUCAAUCAGUGGCUUCAAAUCGAUUUCGAACGAAAUGUGAAAAUUACAAAGCUUGCGACUCAGGGACGUAAUGACUACGGCAACCAAUGGGUGAAAAGUUAUACUUUCGCUUACAGUGCGGAUGGCAGUAACGUUCUUCAGGCCUAUAAAGAGAAUGAAGUUGAUAAGGUUUUUACUGACCGUUAUCAAGUACUUGGUCGGAAUGUCCACAUGGAUUACGUUCAAGAGCAUCUUCGUACAAAAAAAGAGGUAGCCUUCGGACAGACCCAGGAGCGAGCCAAUAGAAUCGAGCUUGAAAUUCUAGCUGAUACUGUAUAUGUUAAGGGUGACGUGGACUUGCGUGGUACAAAAAAGUUGACAAUAUUCAGCCGAAAGGUGAUCUUUUUGAAAGAUAGUCAACUGAACCUCAGAGCUCCCAACUUAGUGCAAAAUUUAAAUAUCCUGUCUCCUGGUACCGAUGGAGAUGAUGGGAAGCAUGGAGUUCAUGGUCCAACAGUCACAGUCUACGCGAAAAUGAUGGCUGGCUAUGUAAAUAUCAUAACAAGUGGCGGAAAUGGAAAACCGGGGCAAAAUGGCGCGAAUGGAAGAAAGGCAGCCGACAGCAUGCACAAGCAACCAGACAGGACGAACUCUGACUGCAAAGCACGCGAAACAAGGUAUGGCUGCACUAGUCACAUUGCAGGGAUACCAGGUAUAUCAGGCGGAAAUGGAGGAAACGGCGGAGAUGGUGGGAGAUCAGGAAAUGGUGGCAAUGCAGGUCGUCAAACUCUUCAUGUUUUGAAAGUGAGAGGGUAUGUCGAAUUAACAUCUUGUCGUGGGCUUGGAGGGCAGGCGGCAAUAAACGGAUUAGGAGGAGCCGAACUCGUCGCAAAGGGCUCCGAUGGUCAGGAGGAAAUGUCGUAUCUUCAGAAAUUUAGUCUGGGUCCAAAGCAAUUGAAAAAGUAUCCUCUGCAGCUGAUAAAGAUGAUGACAAGAUAUGGUGAAGAACUUCUCUGGGCCAACGAUGUCAAAAAGAGCAACGCUGUGUUCAAGUUUGUUGUAAAAUUGUCAAGUGGCAAAGCUGGAGCGUCUGAAUUGAGAAAAGUGGCAAAGAGAAGACUGGCUUUUAUGAACAAAGUAGGAUAUGACAGAUUUGGGAAGAACCAACUGUUCGCACCUAUUAUCAAAUGGGAGGCCUUCAAGAAACAGGUCGAAGUCAUCAAAGAUCGUGCAGAAACGUUUGAGAACGCUUACAAUGCUAUCAAAGAAUCGAUUACACGGCAUGAUGACGUUAAGACAAUAGUAAAAGCACUACCACAGGCUGCCAGACUUCAAGUUAUAAAGCAAAAGAACAGACUGGUUGAGGCCAAACGAAUAGCAGUAAGCGAAAAGGGAGCAUAUGUAUUGGCUAUUGGUGAGCUGGAGGCAAGCAUGAAGAGCAAUCUUCUAGAAGCAAAAGCGAUGCUUCCAGACGUGUACGAAAAAGCAAAAUUUAACAGCGACGACUUAUUCGUCAUUCUUGAGGGAAUAACAGGAUUCUUUAGUGGUGCAAUGGGGAAAGAUCCUUUCGCAGCCCUUGGAUCAGCCCUGGGGGUUAUUGGGCAUUUUGCUGGCAAAUGUGACCUUGGUGAACUUCAGGAUAAUUUGGAUAAAGUAGAAAAAUGGUUGAAAUUUGGAAAGGACUAUGCUGCCCUAAAAGACUCAAGUGAAUUGGAUUUUGACAAAAUGGAUGUGGCUGCUGUACCUGAAGUAAUGCAGGCUAAUCUGGAAAUGAACAAAGAGGGACUUGCAGCGGACCUUGUUUGCCUGCUGGAUGAGAGGUCGAAACCUCGAAACUCGGCAAAGUUUCAAGAACAGAUCGAACGAUAUUUUAUCGCCGGUGCCGCAAGAAUCGAUCUCAUAGCAAAGGUCAUGGACUUGGACAACGAAGUGGGUGGACAUAAAUUUGACAUCUCAAACUUAGAGGAGACAGCAAAUGAAAUUGAAAGCCUUAGUAAUUCUGGUGGUAAGGAUCUUUAUUCUCCCAUUGCUGAAAGCACACAACAGAUGUUUCUGGAUGGUUUACUUACGUCCUAUCAGCAGAUAGAAACAGGAUUUGCCCGACAAUUGUACCAGUUGUACAAAGGUUUCGAGUUUCGCUCUUUAUGGAUUGUUCAGGAAAAAUUAGCUGAAUUCGAACGGCGAGCAGUGUUAGCCGCGCAGGGAACAGGAAAUCUCCAAGGGGUUUUAGAGCUUACAAAAGCACUUCAAGAAAUUGACGAUAUCGAAAAUAAGGGACAGCGAUGUUUCACAAAAUUUCGUCACACAAUUACCACGCACAAAUGGACGUUUGACAGUGCUAAAGAAAACGUGAUGUUCGACGAACUUCAUAAGGGCGCUACGAGGUUUUCAUUGAAAAUUUCAGAUAGCUGCGAUCUAUGUUAUAAUGUGCGCCUUUUGAAGAUGUACGUUGAGCUAGAAGGUGACGAAUCUCAAAGCGGUGAUUACCCAUCGAGUGUUUAUCUUAAAUUAAGACAUCUCAGUGGCUCUUACUUUAGAGAUGGCAAUGGGAAUGUCAGGGAAUUCCGGCAGCCUUUAGGAUCAUGGCGGACAUUAGAAUUCGACCGAUUUGCAAUCACUAAUACCAAAGGAUGCAACAAAGAAAAAGCAAAAGGAAACAAGGAUUCUCUCUUCUGUAUGGGCAAGGACGAUAACCGCUUUCAACCGAUGUGCUGCCAUUAUCUCAGCGGUUCCCCGUGUGAUGACACACUCCUUGGAGCAGAAGAAUGCCGGAGUCCAUUUGGAACCUACGAAAUGACCAUGCCGAUUGACAGCAAAACUCCCUGUAAAGCCAGUGGCUCGCGCAUAACACACGAAAACUGCAAGGAAUUUGAUCGUUCAGUGUUCACAAAAAUGAACGUGUGGAUUCAGUAUCUGUACUGGACUGGUGAGUACCCAACAGGUCCAGACGACCUAAGAUGCAGCAAGUUUCAGGACCCAGACUCCGAGGCUGAGCAUGUUCCCAUAACCUUUAACCAUGAAGCGUCAGGUGAUAUUGAAUCAUAAAAAAAAAAAAUGAUUAAUAAAAAUAUAGAGAAAAAAAGACAUAAUAAACGUAGCAUAAGAUUGCAAUCACCGUGAUUUAAAUCAGAAUUGGAAGUGGCACUUACUAGCUUAAAGCAAUGGAACAGGAAAAAAAAUAAAGUAAUG